CUUGUCUGGUCCCAGUUAAACAGCCUCCUGUAAGCAAGACAACCAUUGUGAUUUUAGAAAAUCUGGAGAGAGCUUCUUUAUCUGAAUUACUAGGAGAUUUUCUGGCACCUCUUGAGAAUCGCAGUUCGGAAAAUCCUUGCACUAUUCAGAGAGCAAAUGGAGUUUCUGGUGCCUUUUACUUUCACGAGAACUGCUUUUUACUGGGGACAAUCGCAAAGUGUCAUCUUCAUGGCUCUGACCUGCUGGGUCAGCAGCAUUUCCGUUGGGUUCAGCUCAGGUGGGAUGGGGAACCAAUGCGUGGCUUGCUUCAAAGGUUCUUAAGAAGAAAAGUUAUAAACAAGUUCAGAGGCAAAGUACCUCCUCCAUGUGAUCCUGUGUGCAAGAUCAUAGACUGGAUUCUUGCUGUGUGGCACCAGCUGAACUCUUGCUUAUCACGUCUAGGAGCGCCUGAAGCACUUAUGGGGCCAAAACAUUUCUUCUCUUGUCCUGUGGUGCCAGGGCAUGGCCAAGCCACAGUGAAGUGGAUGUCCAAGUUAUGGAAUGCUGUGAUAGCUCCCAGAGUUCAAGAAGCAAUACUCUCCAGAGCCUCUGUGAAAAGACCAUCUGUACCAGGACAAGCAAUAGCCAAAAAAAACCCUAGCCAAGGACAACAGGCUGUUGUUAAAGCUGCUCUCAGUAUCUUGCUAAAUAAAGCUGUUUUGCAUGGCUGUCCUCUACCCAGAACAGAGCUAGAUAAUUAUAUAGCAGAUUUUAAGGGAGGAAAUUUUCCUUUAUCCGUGGUUUCAAACUACAAAAAUUGUAGUAAGAAGAGAAGUGAGAAUGCUUCUUGGAGAAAAGUGAGCACAAGUCCUCGAAAAAAGUCAGGCCAUUUAUCCUCCCAGUCAUGGAAUAAGCAGGAGACAAAUACUGAAGGUAUAAAAUCUAAAACUAUGUUGCAACCAAACUGUAAGAAAAGAGCUUCUCUCGCCACAAAAUCUUCAGAGAAGGAUCAAUUGAGAACGUUAAAUCUGGAACAAAGGCUGUCCCUUGGUUCUGAUGAUGAAGUAGAUCUUGUGCAGGAACUUCAAAGUAUGUGUUCCAGCAAAUCCGAGCCUGAUAUAAGCAAGAUUGCAGAUUCUAAGGAUGAGCUAUUGAUGUUCAACAACUCCCAGAACAAUCCUGUAUUUUCAGCAAGUGGUACUAACCCAAGUAAAACAACAGCACAAAAGGAUGGGAUGCAUCCUCUCAGCAGCAGUCGAACUGUGGAAAGCAGCAACAGUAAAUCAAAGACAGAGUUGGGUGUUUCAAGAGUUAAAUCUUUUCUUCCUGUUCCUCGAAGUAAAGUCACCCAGCCUUCUCAGAAUACUAAAAAAAGCAGCAGCAGUAAUACAAGGCAAAUAGAGGCAGAUAAUAACACAAAAAGAGAGAUUUGGAAUUUGCACAAAAAAGAUCAAAUAGAAAAAUCUAAUAAAUAAACCUGCCUACCAUACAAUUUUCUGUGUUCAUAUAAUCUCUAUUGCAAAGAACCAAGUACUCAAAUAUGUAAAUAUUUUUUAAAAAUAAACUGUUUCCCUGUAAUGUAAAGUUUGUACAGGACCACAGUUUUAUUUCUAUGUAAAUCAGCUGGAAAUUAUAUUGAUUUAAACUUCAGAAAUGGGCAGUUUUGCCACCUUCAUAUAUGUGGGGGUUUUUUUCUUCUUUUAUUAUGAAAAUUACUCAUUUAAAUGAUUAUAUUCAGGGGUAUUACCACAGGAUUCUGUUUGUGUAUAUACUGUACAUAAAUAUAUUCUAUUAACUUCACGUGUUAAACUGCAUUCAGAUGAGUUGCACAAUAUGUACGGCAAUGGCUUAAAGCUAUUGUACAUGC